AUGGAGCGCGCCGCGGCGCAGCGGAGUCGCCGCGCCCGCGUCGUCGCCCCCGCAGCCCCCCGCGCUCCGCUGCUACCACAGCUGCCUCUCCUACUGCUGCUGCUGCUGCUGCAGUGCCCUCCCUGCUGGGGCGGGGAGUCGCAGCCUGUCAACGCCACGCAAGGUGCGGAGGAGCGGGUGUGGGGGGUAUUAGAGGAAGAUGGGGAGUGGGUGUGGGGGUUAUUUAGGGGAAACGCUGCUAUACCGCCACGUGUCAACGGCACGCAAGGGCUGGCGGCCGCCGCCGCCGCGCAAGGUGCGCGGAUGAGCGGAAACGCGUGUGCGCGGAUGGGGGGAGAAGCGUGUGCUUGGAUGGGGGGAGAAGCGUGUGCGCGGAUGGGGGGAGAAGCGUGUGCGGGGAUGGGGGGUGAAGCGUGUGCGGGGAUGGGGGGAGAAGCGUGUGCGGGGAUGGGGGGUGAAGCGUGUGCGGGGAUGGGGGGAGAAGCGUGUGCGGGGAUGGGGGGAGAAGCGUGUGCGGGGAUGGAGAAGCGUGUGCGGGGAUGGGGGGAGAAGCGUGUGCGGGGAUGGGGGGAGAAGCGUGUGCGGGGAUGGGGGGAGAAGCGUGUGCGGGGAUGGGGGGAGAAGCGUGUGCAGGGAUGGGGGGAGAAGCGUGUGCGGGGAUGGGGGGAGAAGCGUGUGCGGGGAUGGGGGGAGAAGCGUGUGCGGGGAUGGGGGGAGAAACGUGUGCGGGGAUGGGGGGAGAAGCGUGUGCGGGGAUGGGGGGAGAAGCGUGUGCGGGGAUGGGGGGUGAAGCGUGUGCGGGGAUGGGGGGAGCAGCGUGUGCGGGGAUGGGGGGAGCAGCGUGUGCGGGGAUGGGGGGAGCAGCGUGUGCGGGGAUGGGGGGAGCAGCGUGUGCGGGGAUGGGGGGAGCAGCGUGUGCGGGGAUGGGGGGAGCAGCGUGUGCGGGGAUGGGGGGAGCAGCGUGUGGUGAAUGGGGAGCAGCGUGCUGCCACAGCAGCAAUGCCCUCCCUGCCCGUGCUGCCCGUGCUGCCCUCCCUGCCCUCCCUGCCCUCCCUGCCCUCCCUGCCCUCCCUGCCCUCCCUGCCCGUGCUGGUGUUACCCGGGCAUUGGAGGGGCGGGUGGGGGAAGAGCAGGGGAAUAAGGAUUAAGGGGGAACAAGACGAAGGAUUGGGGAAAGGGGACGUAAGGGGGAGUAAGGGAGCAGGGAAAGAGCAGUGGAUGGAGUGGGGGGGGAAAGGGGAGGGGAUGGGCGAGACGAGGUGGAAGGGAGAUGAGAGGCUGUGGGGAGGCGAACGGGAAGGGGGUGAGGGAUGGGAUGGCAAGGGCCCUGUACUGCCCCCUCUCCCCCCUGUGCCGCCCACUCUCUCUGUGCCGCCCACUCCCCCUGUGCCGCCCACUCCCCCUAUGCCGCCCACUCCCCCUAUGCCGCCCACUCCCCCUGUGCCGCCCACUCCCCCUGUGCCGCCCACUCCCCCUGUGCCGGCCACUCCCCCUGUGCCGCCCACUCCCCCUGUGCCGCCCGCUCCCCCCCUGCGCCGCCCCUCUUUUGAGAAUUCUUACAAGUGA